GCCAGAUGCAUGGAGUCCACACAUGAUGACCAGCUAUUGAUGUUCACCUGAAGGGAAUUCCCAGAGCUGAGGCUUUUUUCCCCUGUAGCUGUGCACCCCUGAUCUUCCCAGCACAGUCACGGAAAUCUCUCAAUCUGUAUCUCCAUGCCUGCAUAAUGUCAGUGGAAAGAAGAGGAGACAGCAGCAUUGCUCUGUCUCCACCAUGUCAACUUCGCGUCUCAGUGUUAUACUUCCUGUUUUACUUUGAAGGUCUGUGUCUCAUGGAGAAGAUAUUCUGCAGGAUCCUGCUGCUCAUCAUCCUCACCUCAUGUGUCUCUGGAUCAUUUGUAGUCAAUGUGACACAGACCUCCUAUCAGGCAGAGGAGAACCACAACAUCACACUGGAGUGGACGUUCACCACCAAACCUGACAGAUCCUCCAAAACUCUCAACAUCCUCUGUGAACUCUUCAUCAGUCAUAAAUCCUCAGUCCUGUAUCAUGUUCAUGAAGGUGUUGAGGUGUCAGAGUCUCAGGAUGCAAAGUUUUCAGGACGAGUCCAGAGUGACAAAGACGCCCUCAGAGAAGGACGAAUCAGACUUCAACUGUCCAGACUCAGGACUGAUGACUCGGGUCUGUACCUGUGUGAGGUCAACACUGAUUAUGGCUUCAGUGUUGGAAGAUGUCGACUUAACGUCACUGCUACUCUUCACCAGCACCACUAAUUUCUGAAUGGGCCUUUGAAUGAUGGAUGUUUGGAUGAGGAGUUUGCCUCAUUUUCCUAACUUCCAUUCUCCAAUCUGCAUUGUCACCUUCCGUAUGAGCCUGUCUUCAUCGUCAUGUGCUUCAACAACUCUGGCAAGUUUCCAUUCAUUCAGGGAAAUCCUCCUCUUUGAAGAUCACAAUAUCACCCCCCUCCACGUUAUGUCCUGCCACAUGCCAUUGCUGUCUCAGAACGAUGUUUGCCACAUAUUCCUUCCUCUAUCUGUGCCAAGAUUGCAGAUAUUGGACCCUUCUCCACCAUUUUUAGCAUACAGAUCCUUCUUGACAAAUUUACCUGGAGGGGAAAAUGGAAAAGAGGAUUUCCUGGUGAUCAAGUGAUUGGUGUGAAUGGCUCCAAACUUUUGGAGUCACCGAUGUUAUUGACAAUGAGUGGGAGGUUAUUCCUAAUGGAGAGAGCUUCAUAAAGGAAAGUCUUUAAAGAGGUAUCAUCCAACCUUAAAUGAUUGCAGUCAAGGACUGUGCUUAGUACACUUCUCACUGUCUGGAUUUGAUGCUCCUGGUAGUGACUCAUCCCACUCUGUGCCUCUCUGACACAUCUCUUGCAGCACCUUCAAGAAUGACUGGGGCUAGAAACGCUAAAAGGUCAUAGGAGGAAGCCACAACUGCAAGAAUCCCUCAGCGUGUCUCUGACACCUUGAAGCAGAAGCUACCAUUUUCACUGUUCCACAUUAUACCUAGCACUUUUUGGACUGGUAAAUCAUUAUGGUUAAGGUCAACAUUUUUGUUGUAACAGUGGAUCAUCGAUGUACUUCCACCUUCAUCUCCGUUGACACAGCAUGAUCGUGAGAAUGUACUUUCUUCAACUGCGCCUUGUGUUGAUGGUGUCUCUGCUGGAGAGUGAUCUUCAUGCAAUGGAGUGUGGUGACUCUUUCUGCAUAUCCCACACAUUGCACCGUUUCUACAGUCUUUAGAAUUGUGACUUUUUCCUUAGACAUACAAAACACAACUUAUUUUCUAGUAUGCAUUUUUUCUUAUCCUCUGCAGACAUUUCCAUUAGGCUCUUGCAUUUAUGUAUAGAGUGGGUUUUCACCACAGCAAAUACAUGUGUCAGUAUUUGAGUUUUGUGAUUGUAUGCUCCAUUUCUUUGGUUUCUUAGCAUCUCUCAACUUGAUUGCACCAGGGUCAGAUUUGGCUUUUGAUCUUGAUGGAUCCAGCUGCUCUGUGACAUAACGGUUCCAUUUAGAUGUCACCCAUUCAGAAGUUUGACUAGUAUUUUCUCGUUCACAGUCAUUGAGAACCUGUAAGCCCUUUAUGUGAGGCAUUACUACAUGUUUGGAGGAAAUCAUUGAAUUCCUGUAGCUUGUGUACUGGAAUUUCCUUUAUCUGAUGAUCUAAUGCAACAGGGGGAAAGAUAAAUGGAAAUGACACAUAAUUAGAAAGGGCAGUAAUCCUACUAACAUACACACAUGCAGCAAUGCUCAUGAAGAUCAGAUAAUAUUUUAAGCAUGCAUUUCUGUUAUUAGCAUCUUGUCCGGUUGACUUAGUGGGUUGAGAAGUGAUAUAUAGAGUAGUUGACUGUUACUAUAUCAUGGGAAGAUUCCUGAAUUAAAACAUGAGUGAACAGAAUGCUGCAGAGGGGUUAAAUGAGUGGAGACUCUAAUAGAUUGUUGAGUUUCUUGUUUCUGAUGUGUGGUGGAGAUUUUAUCAUGACAUACACCUGGUUACAUGGGAAGAAACUCAUUAUCUAAUAGAACAUCAGUGUUUUGUGCAUUGUGUGGCUGGUGGGUGGAAGGUUUGGGGGAUUUAUCUGGAUAAUGCAUUUUUCGGUACCAAGUUUGUUUUAUCUUUCCAAGAGAAAAGAUAUGCUUGGACCUGUCCUAAACUAGGCUUUCAUUUUAUUUUUUAACAGUGCCCUUAAAAAAUGAGUAUGCCUUUACGUAUGCUGCGCGAGAGGUUCUGGUAUCAGCAAAAAAAAAAACAAAAACAUAUAAGGGGACUGACUGAACUGAUGAUGUGUGUCCCUGUGUCCCAGGGAUCCCAGGGGCUAUGUUGUCUGGGGGCUUUUUGCCCCCUGGUAGGGUCUCCCAUGACUAAUUGGCCACUUGUGAGGGACCAGACAAAGAGCGAUUCAGAAGACCAUCGAGGGAACAGUUCACCCUGUCCAGGAAAGGGUUACCGGGCACUGCCCUGGAAGGUGCCCGAUGACGAACAAAUGGUGGCCGGGCCUUAGUCCUUGGGGCCCGGUCGGGCACAGCCCGAAAAAGGGACAUGGGACCAUCUUCCUGAAGGUCCACCACCCGCAGAAGGUGCCGUGGGGGUUGGGUGCAUUGUGAGCCUGGCUACCAAGACUGGCAAUUGUGACAUGGAAUGUCACCUCUCUGGUGGGGAAGUAGCCUGUGUUAGCGUGAGGUUGAGAGGUGCCGGCUAGGUAUAGUCGGGCUCACCUCAAUGCACUGCUUGGCCUCUGAAACCAGUCUCCUGGAGAGGGGCUGGAUUCUGUCUCAGUCUAGAGUUGCCCCUGGUGGGAGGUGGCGGGCUGGGGUGGGUACCUUGGCUUGGCUUGCUGCCUGUAUGUUGGAUGAGAGGGUUUGUUCCCUGCUCCUCCAUAUAAGGAGCAGGGACAGUCAGGAACGGGUCCUGACUGUCGUCUGCACUCAUGUGCCAAGUGUCGGUUCAGAAUACCCAGGUUGGUGGCAGAACCCCUUGGGUGGAUGAGAUCUGCCCCGAGUUCCUGAAGGUUCUGGAGGUUGUAGGGCUGUCUUGGUUGACAUGCCUCUACAAUGUUGUGUGGAGAUCAGGGGCAGUACCCCUCAAUUGGCAGACCGGGGUGGUGAUUCCCAUCUUUAAGAAAGGGGACGGGAGGGUGUGUUCCAACUACACUCCUCAACCUCCCUGAGAAGGUCUAUACCAGGGUGCUGGAAAAGAGAGUCCAUCUGUUAGUCAAACCUUGGAUACAGGAGGAACAGCAUGGGAGUUUGCCAAGCCAGUCUACCCGUGUUUUGUGUUUUUGUCGACCGUGUUCCUUGGGUGUCCUGUGGGGUUUGCUAUGGGAGUAUGGAGUGUCUGGCACAUUGCUACGGGACAUUCGAUCCUUAUGGAACCGUUGCAAGAGCUUGGUCUGCAUAGCCGACAAUAAGUCGGACUCAUUCCUGGUGGGUGAUGGGCUCCGCCAGGGCUACCCUUUGUCACUGAUUCUGUUUGUAAUUUUUAUCGACAGAAUUUUUAUGGGCAGCCAAGUGGUGGAAGGCUUUCACUUGGGUGGUCUCAGAAUCUCAUCUCUGCUUUUCGCGGAAGAUGUGGUUCUGUUGGCUUCAUUGGGUCAUGGCCUCCAGCUCGCUUUGGAAAGGUUCGCAGCCGAGU